UCCAACUUGUAUUUUUCCUAUAUUCCCAACCCAUUAAGUGCGAAAUCCACACCCGGAUCGGAAGGGGGCGGGGGAUUACUUUGGGGCUAAACUGGAGGCUAAGACUCGGAUGCGGUCUAUGCACUUUGCGCACACAACAACACUACAAAGGCAAACAAUCUGUUAUUGACGCCGACGUUGACGUCGACGUCGCCGUCGCAUUGUUGUUAUUUCUGUUUUGGACAUCACCUGCAAUUUCGAAUUUAGUUUUAGUUUUAGUUUUGGGUUCUUGGCGAACGGACGCGCCUCAAAAUAUUAUAUAUUUUUGGUUGAACUGUGCGAUGCUAAAAUCAAUAUUGGCCGUGGCCCGUUUGCACCUGGAAGAGCUGUUUUCCAGGAUCCUGGGGUACAUCAUGCGCCGCUUCCUGCGCUCGGCCAUGAUCGUCUUCAGCUGGUUCGUGGUCCCCUACAGCCGCUACACCAACAUCAAGGUGCUGCGGCGCAAACUGCCGCCCAUCCGGAGCCACCUGCUCGAGAUUCCCGCCGUCGACCUGGCCAAGCUGAUUCGCACCAGAAAGAUUAAAAGCGAAGAGGUCGUGGAAGCCUAUAUCGAACGAUGUCGACAGGUGAAUCCCCUGAUAAAUGCCAUCGUUCAGGAUCGUUUCGAGGAGGCGCUGGAGGAGGCCCGCGAGAUAGACAACGUGAUAGCCAUGGGCAUCAACAGCGUGGACUCGAUGGAGGAGCUCACGCCACUGCUGGGCAUUCCGGUGACCGUCAAGGAGAGCAUCGCCGUUAAGGGGAUGACCAACCAGGCCGGUCGUGUCUUCAAGACUCCGCAGAUUGCCAAGUCGGAUGCGCCCGUGGUGGAGCAGAUAAAGCGCUCCGGCGGCAUCAUCCUGCUGGUGUCCAACACACCGGAGUUGUGCCUGCUCUGGGAGACAUACAACAAUGUCACGGGUCAGACGAAGAAUCCGUACGAUCUGAAACGCACGCCGGGCGGAUCCUCGGGUGGCGAGGCGGCCCUCCUGGCCAGCGGUGCCUCCCUGCUGGGCCUCACCUCGGACAUAGGUGGCUCCUCACGCCUGCCGGCCAUGUUCAGUGGCAUUUGGGGCCACAAGCCCACGCCGUAUGCGGUAUCCUUCCGGGGUCAUCAUCCGACGAGUGACUUCCCCAAGUGGGGCGACUUCUUCACCAUCGCCCCGAUGACUCGCUACGCCAAGGAUCUGCCGCUGCUGCUCAAGUGCAUGAGCGAUCCCACGGGUCCCAAGCUGACGCUGGACAGGGCGAUCAGUGUAAACGGGAUCCGGUUCUUCUUCAUGGACAAUGAUGGACCGUCGGGCAUGAUGCGACCGCUCAGCAGGGAUCUGCAUGCGGCCAUUAACCGCGUGGCCACCGACUUCAAUGCCAAGCGGGUGAAUAUCCGCAAGAUGAAGUGGUCGUUGGAUAUUUCGCUGUCGGCAAUGCUGACCAUGAAGAACAUCGAGACCAUCUACCACAAGACGGAGGAGGGCGAGCAGCCCAAGACCGUGUGCAAGGAGACGGUCAAGUACUUCUUUGGCUGCUCGGACAGCAUCCUGCCGUCGGUGAUCUUCGGCCACCUGCAGAACUUCAUGAAGAUCAUACCGAACUCGCGCCACAAGCAUUUGGCCAGCAUCAUCGAGGCGCUCAAGACUGAAUUCAAGGAGAUGCUGGGCAACGACGGCGUCUUCCUCUACCCGACCUUCCCCAACACGGCGCACCAGCACUACCAGAUCUACCACAAGCUGCUGGAGCCGAUGUACAUGGCCAUCUUCAAUACGCUUGGCCUGCCGGUGACCAACUGCAUGAUCGGCUUGGAUCGGCGCAACCUGCCCAUGGGUAUCCAGGUGGUGGCCAAUCCGGGCCAGGAUCACCUCUGCCUGGCGGUGGCGCGUGAAAUGGAGCGCCGCUACGGCGGAUGGGUACGUCCUCCGUCCGAGGACAGCCACAGCAGCAAUGGGAGCAGCAAGCAGCGUGGCUAGGAAGCUUUAGCUGGAAGAUCGGCCUUAAUCCUGUGCGUGAUUCACUUGAACUUUGUUUUGUUUUUAGCUAAUUGUACACUGUCGAGCAGUUAGGGAAUUUCAGAGAGACUUCAAACGGAUUUAGACUAAUCCCUGUUAUCAGCCGCAACUGGUUGAAUGGUAGAAAGGAAUCCCUAGAGCAACCUCUUUAUUUUAUCAGCAUUAUAUUCGACCACACAUCACACCACAAAACAUUCGGGACCCUUAAAAUUAAUAAUCCCUCUCGCUUCAUUACCCAUUGUAUUAAAUUAUUGUCAAAAACUUCUCUGAGUUUGAAAUUCGUAUUCGUAUUUGUAUUAUCUUUACCUAUAUGUAAAUAUUCGUCUAGCAUCUAAGUGUUAGGUUUAUGUCGCGUCCGGCAAAGAUCGAUAAAUAUAUCCAGUAUGUGUAUGUACAUUUUGUAGCGUCUCGUUAAAACAACUUUACAACUUUACGACUUUUGCAAAGAACCAAAUUCGUUGAAUAAAUACGUAACAGAAAAAAUA